UUGCUUCAUUUUAAGCACCAUAGGUAAAAUCUGGCAACAUUGCAUGUCGUUUGUUUGUGAUUUGAAAAAACAAAUGAAGAGCGCUUAAAGUGACGCCGGCUCAAAAGUUUCAGGAAUUUCUUUUAUCCAUUUUCAUCGCACUUAUUUAUCAUGGCGGCUGUUGCGAACAAACCCAAAUCGGAAAUGACUCCGGAAGAGCUGGCCAAAAGAGAGGAAGAAGAAUUCAACACUGGACCUCUCUCAGUUCUGACCCAGAGUGUUAAAAACAACACUCAAGUCUUGAUAAACUGCCGUAACAACAAAAAGUUGCUGGGACGUGUCAAAGCAUUUGACCGUCAUUGUAAUAUGGUGUUGGAAAGUGUUAAAGAGAUGUGGACUGAAGUGCCCAGAACAGGAAAAGGAAAAAAAAAGAGCAAGCCAGUAAACAAAGAUCGCUUUAUCUCCAAGAUGUUUCUUCGUGGAGACUCAGUAAUUUUAGUUUUGAGAAAUCCUUUAGCUGGAACACCUGGAGCUAAAUGAAUUAACUGUAUUCCUAUGUAUUCUCAUCUUUUUGUAUGAAUAAACAAAAUUGUAAGAACA